AUGGUGCGGCAUAGAAAUGUCACCGAGCCUGCUAAACCGCAAUUUGGAAUUGUGGCUGUUGAACGAUUCUAUCUGCAGAGACCUGAGCCCCCCUGUACUAGGGCGAAAAAUCUCCGAGUAAUUCGACCCUUUGCUCACGUUCAAGAGAAAACUAUUCGGCCUUUUGCGGAGAGGGCAAGCGUUCCCAUUAUUCCUGAAAAUUGUCCCAUCUGCUUCGAAAUACCCGAGCGCAUGCGAGCCAAACGCGUUCUAGGUGACUACGAGAACAUCUUCCCAUAUCUUUACAAUAGUCUUCAGGCUGCAAUGAUACUCCUCAUUUCUAGAGGCGCAGCCUUGGGUCUUCCGGGUCUCGAGGAUGCUGAAGGAGUCCUAGCCCUCGCAGCCAAGGCAACGAACGGAGACACGCUUCAACUCGACUUUCAGCGAACACCAUCAAUACCCCAUUGUUUCUUAUAG